AUGGAUUCUGAGUGGAAAACCGCUUUGAACAUCCCGAAAAAAGAUACACGGCCGCAAACAGACGAUGUACUGGGAACCAAGGGCAACACUUUUGAGGAUUUCUUCUUGAAGCGUGAGCUGUUGAUGGGCAUCUUCGAGGCCGGGUUCGAAAAACCUUCGCCAAUUCAGGAAGAAGCCAUCCCAAUCGCAGUGGCCGGAAGAGACGUCUUGGCGCGUGCCAAAAACGGAACUGGAAAAACUGCAGCGUUUGUGAUUCCCACGCUCGAACGUGUCAAGCCAAAACUCAACAAGAUUCAAGCGCUUAUCAUGGUCCCUACUCGUGAACUGGCAUUGCAGACUUCUCAAGUGGUGAGAACUUUGGGUAAACAUUGCGGGAUCUCGUGCAUGGUGACCACUGGCGGAACCAAUCUGCGUGACGACAUUAUGCGUCUCAAUGACAACGUCCAUGUGCUUGUAGGUACUCCUGGCCGUGUGCUCGAUUUGGCAUCGCGUAAAGUGGCAGAUCUCAGCGAAUGUCCUCUUUUUGUCAUGGACGAGGCAGACAAGAUGCUGUCGCGGGAUUUCAAAACCAUCAUUGAGCAAAUUUUGACAUUUCUUCCUUCGCAGCACCAGUCUCUUCUUUUCAGUGCCACUUUCCCACUCACAGUGAAAGAGUUUAUGGUGAAACAUUUACACAAACCAUAUGAGAUCAAUCUCAUGGACGAAUUGACAUUGAAAGGUAUUACUCAAUAUUACGCAUUUGUGGAAGAAAAACAAAAAUUACACUGUCUCAACACUUUGUUUUCAAAAUUGCAAAUUAAUCAGGCCAUCAUAUUCUGUAAUUCCACCAACCGUGUGGAAUUGCUGGCCAAGAAAAUUACGGACCUUGGAUUUUCAUGUUAUUAUUCGCAUGCCCGGAUGAAGCAGCAAGAAAGAAACAAAGUGUUCCACGAAUUUCGUCAAGGAAAAGUGCGUACUUUGGUUUGCUCAGAUUUACUCACCCGUGGUAUUGACAUUCAAGCCGUAAACGUUGUCAUCAAUUUUGACUUCCCUAAGACAGCAGAGACCUAUCUACAUCGUAUCGGUAGGUCAGGUAGAUUUGGACAUUUGGGUCUUGCCAUCAACCUCAUCAACUGGAACGACCGGUUCAAUCUUUACAAGAUCGAGCAAGAAUUGGGUACAGAAAUUGCUGCUAUUCCUGCUCAGAUCGACAAGUCGCUUUACGUCGCAGAGGACAACUCUGCGGUCCCAGUGCCAUUCCCAUUGUCGUCUCUACCUAAUACGAUGGCUAAUGUUGCAGGUCAACAAUUGCCUCCUCAACAGACUCAACCGCAAUUCCAUGCAGCACCAUCGACACAAUACCCCGUUCCACAACAACAAAACCAGCCGCCACAAGGGUCUCAACAGCAAUACCAACAACAGCAGCAACUCCAGCAACAAAUUCAGCAGCAGCAGCAUCAGCAGCAACAACAACAACAGCCGCACCAUCCUCAAGCGUACCAUCCUCAGCAAUAUAUGCCUCAACAAUACCCUCCCCAACAAUAUGCUCCUCAGCAAUACAUGCAGGGCAUGUCCCCAAUGAAUGCCUCGGCCUCCUUGCAAGGCCAAGCAUCCCCACAUGGCUACUGA